AUGUCCCGUGUUCCGGCGGGCAGACGCCGGCCUGCAGGGCGGCUUGGGGACUCAGCUGCGGAGGCACCGCUCCGGCCCCCACGGCCCCCGGCGCGGCCGCUCUGUGCUCGUCAGUGCCGCCAUCUUGGCGUCGGCUCAGCGGGGCGCGCAGCUACGGGGCACCACGAGGGUCAUGGGAGAGCGGCGCGCGUGCGCAGAGCGCUGCGGGCGUGGGGGCGUGCGGAUACGGGGCGCCGCGAGGAUCAAGGGAGUGGGGCGCGCGAGGUGCGCAGCUACAGGGCGCCGCGAGGGUCAUUGAAGUGCGGCGCGCGAGGUGAGGAUGCGCAGGACGCUGCAGGCGAGGGGAGCGCGGGUACGGGGCAUCGCGAGGGUUACGGGAGGGCGGCGCGGUGCAGGCAAGGGCCUCGGACUCUGCAAUCCCGCCUUACGAGUUGUCCCCCGGAUUUCAGCUAA